CCCAGCCCCGGAGGAGGGACCCGGAAGCAGAAGCGGAGCCGCGAGUCGAGCCGAGCCUCUGCCCCCGCUGCCCGCCGGCGCCGGGUAGGGGUCCCGGCGGCUGGAUGGGCAGCGGCGGCUCGGGCCGCGGGCGGCGAUGGGCGAGGAGCAGAGCACGGUGAGCGGCGGCGGCGGGCCCCGGGAGGCGCGGACCCCCGCUAGUGGCGCCGCGGGCCAUCCCGAGCCCCCGAGGCCGCCGGGGGACAGCGCCGGGGCGCCCGGGCCGCGCACCGCCUCCGCGGAGCCGAGCGGCCGCAGCUGCGGAAGCAACUCGGGCUGCGCGGACACGAGCGCCCCGGAGCCAGAGAGGAGCCGGGGAACUCCGAGCUGGAGGAAAAGCCACGCGCCGGGGCAACCCGCGGGACUGGCCCUCACCGGGCCCCUCAACCCCCAGGCUUUGCAACAGCAGCUGGCCAAGGAGGAGGAGGAAGCGAGGAGCCGAAACGAGGGAGGGGAUGAACAGCAGGAGGCGCCCCCGGGCGAGGAGCCCGAGCCCCGGACCCGCGUCGGGGUCCCGGACGGACUGGUCCUGGACGUGCUAGGGCAGCGGCGCCCGCCUCCCGCCAAGAGACAAGUCUUCUGCUCUGUUUUCUGCGUGGAGAACGACCUGCCCGAGGUCCCCUCGGCGGAGCGGCUUUCGCUGACCGCGUCGUCGCCACCUCGGGCUCCUCCAGUAAUCAACCCUCCCAGCACCCCCUCCUCCUUCCCUAGCCCCCCGCUGUCUCUCCCAACGGACCCCCUGUCUCCCGACGGCGGCAGCAUCGAGCUGGAGUUCUACCUGGCGCCCGAGCCGUUCUCCGUGCCCAGCUUGCUGGGAGCUCCACCCUACUCUGGCCUGGGUGGGGUCGGGGAUCCCUAUGCGCCCCUUAUGGUGCUGAUGUGCCGGGUGUGCCUGGAAGACAAGCCCAUCAAGCCCUUGCCCUGCUGCAAGAAGGCCGUGUGCGAGGAGUGCCUCAAAGUCUACCUGAGUUCCCAGGUACAACUUGGCCAAGUGGAAAUCAAAUGCCCUAUAACAGAAUGUUUUGAAUUCCUGGAAGAAACAACAGUUAUCUAUAACUUAACACAUGAAGACUCCAUCAAAUACAAGUACUUCUUGGAACUUGGCCGUAUUGAUGCCAGCACCAAGCCAUGUCCUCAGUGCAAGCACUUUACAACCUUCAAGAAAAAAGGACAUAUUCCCACCCCUUCCAGAUCAGAAAGCAAAUACAAAAUCCAGUGCCCCACUUGCCAAUUCGUCUGGUGUUUUAAGUGCCACUCCCCUUGGCACGAAGGUGUUAACUGCAAGGAGUACAAAAAAGGAGACAAAUUGUUGCGUCACUGGGCCAGCGAAAUUGAGCAUGGGCAGAGGAAUGCCCAGAAGUGUCCAAAGUGCAAGAUCCACAUCCAGAGAACUGAAGGGUGUGACCAUAUGACCUGUUCACAGUGUAACACUAAUUUUUGUUAUCGAUGUGGGGAGAGAUACCGCCAACUCCGUUUCUUUGGAGACCACACAUCAAACCUCAGCAUAUUUGGAUGCAAAUAUCGCUACCUCCCAGAAAGACCUCAUCUAAGGAGACUAGUGCGAGGGUCAGUCUGUGCUGGAAAAUUAUUUGUUGCACCUCUAAUCCUGGUUUUGGGAUUAGCACUAGGGGCCAUAGCAGUUGUCAUCGGUUUAUUUGUAUUUCCUAUCUAUUGCCUUUGUAAAAAACAGAGAAAACGAUCACGGACAGGAAUGCACUGGUAAAUGUGGUUGAUUUCCUGCACCUACGCUGAUCCAGGUGGGAGCUCCACAGAAUUGGACAGCAGCCCGGGAGCUAGAGCUUGAAAACUGCCGACAGAAACCGCCGUCUCUUGGCCCCAUGCAUCUCCGCAGGCCUCUUUGACUCUAGCCGCGGUGCAUUCCUCACAUGGUAUCCUGUCCUUUCCUUAUACAGAUUGCUGCUUUUACAAAACGGUCACUUUCAUAGACUCUAAACGUCUGUAUCAUAACUCUGAUCUUCUUAAUGGUUCUUGGAAGAAAAUGUUUUAAUUAGAACCAGUUAUCCUCAGACCUGUCCGAGCAGGCGUCUCCUGGGCCCUGCCUCAACUGUCUUAUUCCCAUACCUCCCCGCAGGCCCUCUUCCGAGACUUGUGUGAGUAACUGAAGUUCCAGUUGUACCAACGAGCAAGGCCACUUUUCAGAAGAUGAAGACUCACCGUGUGCACCUGUUUUCAUCUGUGGCCCAAGCAGUAGAGUUUUUUCAUCCUGCAGAUGCUAGAAUCAUUAAAAAAAUCUCAAUGCCCAAAAGGAAACUAAUGAAACUAAAUUAAUAAGAAGAAUCACAAGUAACUGAAGUGUAUAUGUGUAGGGGUGUGAAUGUGUGUGUAUAUACAUAUCAAUAUGAAAACUCAGUCCAAUACCUUGUACUUGUCAAAUUCCAUGCCUCUACACUAUUUUUCCAUAUUUUCAUAGAUAUAUUUAAUGGUGAUCGUUCCUUUGUGGGCAUAAUUUGGUAAUGUACUGAAUUAAAGUCAAAGUCAACAUA